CUUAGUGCACUUUUUCGUCUUCCACCGCUUCCAAAAGUAGCAUACAGUGGUGUUAAAUUAGACUUGAGCGAGCGUUACGUCGAAGGAAAAACAAUCGUCUGGUGGGGUUUUUCAUCUUGCACAACAGCUGUUGGUGUUCUAAAAUCAGAACAAUUUUUGGGAACGACAGGUACCAGAACAAUGUUUACCUUACAAUGUCAAUCAGCUAGAGAUAUUCGCAAGCAUUCGUAUUAUACAGCUGAAGAUGAAGUACUUUUAAUGGCUGGUACUCAAUUCAAAGUAAUAGGUUGUCUUGAUCAAGGAAAUCUUCACAUUGUUCAAUUGGAAGAAACUCGUCCGCCAUUUCCACUAUUACAACCAGUACCAAUUGUUGUUCCAAAACCGAUCAGUUCAACUCCCUCAAGUAAGUGAAAAUAAAGAAAAAAGAACAUUCCGCUUGAUAUACGACAUCCCCACUUUCGAUACUGUGGAGAAAAUUAAAAAUUAUAUUCUUCAAUCAGCGUACGUAUGAUAAAAUAUGAAUGUAAAGAGUCAAUUUAGAUUUACUAUCCACCUAAAAACCAUUCUCAAAUCAAAAAUAAAAUUGAGUUAGUUUAAAAGAUCAGAAAAAAAAGACUCUUCAUGAUAAUCUUCGAUUAGAUUCAAUGGAAUUUUCGAUUUUGCAAAUUUUUUUAAACAAAAACAAAAACAAGCGACUUUGUCUUACAUAGUUUAAGUAACCAACUAAGAUCCUGAUCAGUUUCAAUUACUUUCUGCUUCAUCUAUUAAUAUCUAAUUUCUUUCGUGAAAUCUAAAGACGUGAUUCAAGUUGAUUAGUUUUCUAAAUCCACAAGUAUCAUUGGAAAUAUUUUCUUCAGGAGAUGCUUUCUUCUCCUAUACUACCGGCCCAAAGAAUCGUAGAUAUUGGGUAGAUGUAAUGAUAAUUUUUCCUACAGUUAGAAAUCCACAAAAAUACUCUUGUUUUUGAACAACUUCUAAAGGAUUCGGAUGAAGUUAGAGUAAGAGUGAAAAGAAGAUUUGACACCUUCAUCUCAAACACUCAUAUUCGCACCAAUCUCUACUUUGAUUAAGCUACUAAAUAAAAAAAAAAGAUGUAUUGAACUUUAUCCAUAAUGUCACCAAAAAUCUCUCAAGAAAUGAAUAAUUGCUUUGAAUUGUAGAAGCCUCGACAACGGCUGCUGUUGUAACAAUCGUAGCAAAAAAACAGACACAGUCCAGCAAAUCUCAAGUAAUUCAAACAAUUUCUGAGUGACUUUUCUUUGUUCAUAUCUAUCUUUGUUUUUUUCGUAGAAGAAUACAACUGCAGUAGCCGCCACUGCCAGUACCAUUAACGUUGGUACCGGCUCCAUCAUGAAACAAGUCAGAAAAAAUCAUUCUAGAAAUUGGAUAUUCAUCAAAUAUCUUGUAUCUUUAGAUAUCUACCAUGGAAAUCAAAGCGUCGCCAAAUAAAGGUAGGAUUUUGUUGAUUAUCGCCUUGAUUAUGAGAUUCACAAGUAGUGGUGAAAGUUAUGUGAUUCUAAUAGCUCUUAUUCCUCAGACACAUAGAGCACACAGAAAACCUUAGAUCAUGUGCCUUCUUGAAAUUUAGUGUGUAUGAAGUUACUUCAUUUUUGAAAAAAAUUUCAAUUUUUAAUCAUGGACAGGAAGUAUAUAUCCUUUAGGAUGGAUGUUAAUGUAAAUAUGCAGCUAUCUAACACUUCCACACUCAAACCCGAUUAUCAUAAGAUCAUACAGGUGUUCUUUGACAAUUAUAAAUUCAUAUUUUUUCCAUGUGUUAUAUUUUACAUUUAUAAUAUCUAUUAUAAUAUGUACAAUAGUACAGCAAACUGUUCUUAAAAGUAAUCCAUUUUUUAUAAACAGUCUUACAGGUAUGAAGUUUUAAAUUAAGGAAUGUAAAAUGUAAUUAACAGUAUUAUUCUUUUUUCACAUAAAUUGCGAUAUAUUACUCUCACUAAAAACUAACAGUCAAAUUUCCUACUCAUAGAAAAGCUGAUUCAAGAUCUAUUUGAGUUUUAUACUUCCUAACAUUUUAUGUCCCACAGUCUCUCCAAUUCAAAAACGAGAAACUGUUGUUUUAAUUCCAACUCUUAUCUCAGAAUUGUUUGACACAUGUUGCUUUUAAACUCAUAGUCUUCAUCUACUUUUAUAAUUUUCAAUAAAUUUUGAUUGAAUAACACUCCUAUUGAUAUAAUUAUAGUUCCCAUACUGUUUUACAUGUAUCUUUUUUUGUCGAUCAAAGAAAAGAAAUAAUACUAAAAUGUUCUUUUCCCAGUUAUAAAUUUUGUGAUUUCUUCCAAUUGUAAUUAGAUAUCAACAUAUUCGAAGUAUAUGACAUUACAUAAUAGAAAUGAAAAUUUAUUCAAGAUCUCAAUUAUAGCUAGAUUCUUCAUGUGCAAAUUAAAAAGGAUUAAAUCAUUUCAAUUGAUUGAAAAGAAAAUCUCAAAUCAGUUCAUUCAUUCCGAAAUAUUAUCUCCGACCCACUUCACUUGAAAUUCUGAGAGGAGACUUGUUAAAAAAAGAUUUUGUCCAAAAUAAUCCCAAGAUAUACAAUGGAAAAAAUGAAUGAGCAAAAGAGGCAUACACAGAAAAGCUUUGAGCUGAUCAAGAUUAGAAGGCACAUUCGCAUUUUUUCUCAACUAGAUUACUGGUUUUUUUUUCGCUAUUUCUGAUGCAAGAAAUAUUUUCCAUUCGGAAGCAUCUUACAUAAUUAACAGGAAACUGCGCUUCAUUUUAUCUUUCUUUUUUCGGAAUUACAAAAAAAAAAGAUUUUUUAAUUCUUUUAACGCCGGAAGUGUUUAGACUAGUGACUGUGGAUUCAAAUAAUUUUUUUUCAAAGACCAAAAUGAAUCAAAAUUUCCCUGAAUUAAGGUUCAAGCCUUCGAAAACUACUUGCGUGCAUGCAACUG